GCGGUCUUUUAACAGCACUGUGGAUAGAAUGGCAGCCAGCUCAGAGGAAAUCAUAGAAGGAGGUAACUAUGUUAAUGUACCAGCAUGCACUGUGGAUAAAGUGGCAGCCCCUCCAGACCAGAGGUCUCUCUUCUUCACUCAGUCUUUUCCACUGAUAGCAGUGUGUUGGCUGAUAUUGUGAGUCAUCAUGGGCCUUCGUAUCUACUUUACGUCUGUUAUUUCUGAAAACGACGCCAAGCUGACGGCAGAAAUCCAACAGCUGACUGCAGACGUCCAGUACCUGACAACACGAAACCAGCAGCUGGAGACACAGAGGAAGAACUUAACAAAACAAAUAAAAAACAUGGAGACAAACUGGAAUGAGCUCAACGUCAGUCGAGCUCAGUUGAGCAUUGAUGCCUACUGCCCCAACAAAACAACUAACGGGAGACAGUGUAAACCUUGUCAGAAUGGCUGGAUAACCACCGGGUCUAACUGCUAUCAGUAUAAUAACCCUGAUUCUACUUAUUGGAAAACCUGGGAAGAAUCUCGACAAGACUGCAGAGGAAAGGGUUCAGAUCUGGUUGUUGUACAUAAUGACGAGGAAAAGGUUUGAACACUGAGUCUGCAGAUCAGUGAGCUGUACUUGGAAACAACAAUGGAUCUGCAUAAUGAAGGCUUUAUCUGUUUAAACACUGCAGUCAGACUGCAUGAUAAUAUCAACUGGCUUAUAAACACCAAAUUGUAAAAACUUCUAAUUCACAAUUUAAAUGUUUUGUAUUCAGAACUAAAAAUG